GUUGAGUUUGUAGAAAGGUUGUGCUGUAAUAAAGGAGGGAUUUCUGGACAGUGUCGGGUUGCAUCAGUUCCGUUCUGUCCUGUUUAGGUUCUGUUUCGCUGCUCCUCAUCGUUUAGAAAUGUAACUGUUGCUGCUUUGAAAAUCCAAACGUCUUUCUGCAACUCUUAUCAGAGCUGAUCCAUUCGCUGGGCUUCAGCUUUGUCCUGAGGAGGAUCAGAAACAUGCGGAAAGUUUCUCAGGCGCUUCUUUUCUUCCACAUCUCUGUGGCGUGCCUCUUCACCACAGUGUCCUGUCAGUCUGACAGCAGCAGCAGUGUGGUGGUAGCAGGCUACAAUGUCAGCGGGCCGGCCGGGUCCAAGCUGGUACUGCAGUGCAUGAGUGGUCGCAUGGUUUGGACCAGGGACAGGGUGAGGGACAGACAGAGGGUGGUCCAUUGGGAUAUAUAUCGGGACUUCCCGGACUACACCAUGGAGAGAGUGGUGGACAUGUUCUCAGCUGGAGAGCAUAGGCUGUACCACCAUCAUAACCUGGGAAGAGUCAGUCUCAACCCUACAGCCUUCAAAGACGGAAACUUUUCACUGGUCAUCAAAGAUGUAAGGAUGAAUGACAGAGGCCUGUACACAUGUAACCUCCACCAUAUCUACUGCAAGCUGGAUGAAACCGUCCGAAUUCAGCUCAAUGUGACCAAAUCAAAGCGUAAACUGCAGAGCUUCUGGGAUGGGACAAAAAGCGUGUAUGUGGUGCUGCAAGGGACCACCGUGGUGUUGCCUUGCAUCAACAGACGAAGCAUCUGGACAGACUGGAGCAACGAGGAGGAGGACCAGCAGGUUGUCCACUGGGACCGGCAAGCGCCAGGAGUCCAGCAUGACCGUGCCGAUCGGCUGGUGGACCUUUACGCCUCCGGUGAGCAGCGCAGCUACGGACCUCUGUUCUUGCAGAGGAAGAUGAACAUCAGCAGUCAGGCCUUUUCGCAGGGUGACUUCUCUCUCACGAUAAAAAAUCUCCAGCCUACAGAUCAGGGGACAUAUUCCUGUCACCUACAUCAUCAUUACUGCGGCCUACAUGAAAGAAGAGAGUUUCAGGUCACGGUGGAGGCUCCUUUGAUCCAGAGCAUGCAGCCGGCCCUAUCACUUCCCAAAGACAAAGAAGACACCAAAGCUGACUCACCGCGAGUCAUCAACGUCAUCCUGCCUGACCAGAGACACCAUUUUCUCCUGCCGCUUGGCUACGUUCUCACCUCCUCCCUGCUUCUGGCAUUCAUUACCCUCAUCAUCAUCCUCAUCAUGAGACGACGCAAAGCCAAAGAUUUUUCUCCUAAAGUAUCUAUUAGGUCCAACAGAAGUCCCAGCAGCUCAGAUGAGUAUGAUAUCGACAUCGGCGAGUUGGACGUAUACAGUCAGGAAGAAAAAGGAUUUGUCUACAAGAACAACCUGCUAAAAGAAAACUCCCUGAUGAAGUCUCAGCCAAAAGCCAUUGAUCUUGACAGAGAGAUCCAGAAGUUUUCCAAGUAAGAAGGCGAGACAGAAGUGAAAUCUGAGUCACUGGCGGGUCCAGAGGCUGCAAUUGCUCCAGACCAAACACAUCUGCAUUACCUUCUGCCGUUACAAGAGAGGAAACCAGGGUGGACCUUCUUUAGUUAGCCUGGAUCAGCUUUAUUAGGAAGUUGUUGCAAUGAAAUUGCUAGUUUUACACAGAAUUACGUUUUUCUUUAGCUGUUCCCAGCUGCAGUAAAUACUGUGUAAAUCAAGCUUUGGAUGCAUGCAAAGAAAAAAAUGAGACUAACUGAAUGGUGAAUAGGACUUGAAAUAUUAGUCUUAUUUAACAUUGCUUUUUGUUUUUAAUUUUUCGCUUUGUUUUUUACUUCAGUAAUCCUACGCUUUCUGGACUUAGUUCCGCUAAAGUGUCACACGUGCAUGCUACCCAGAAGAACAGUGUUUUUCUAAUAUUUAGACUAAAUUACAACAGUUUUAUAUCAAGAUUCAUUGAAAAGGGCAAUUUUAAACUUAAUUUUUGUUACUGGAUGGUUAAACCAUCUUUUUUACUGACAUCAAAACUUUCAUUCUGUUUUCUAGUUGUUUGUAAUGUUUAUUCUCAUAUUAAGGCGUCUAGUGAUGUAGGCCAAAAAUCCAGUGUUGUGCUUCUUAGUGUUUUAUGUAACAGUCAUUUUCUUUUAGAAAAGUUGCACUAAAAUUUUAGUUUUAGUUCAUUCUUUUCCACUAAUGCUACAUACCUAGUGUAGAAACAAGAGUACUACCCUAUAAUACAGUAUCCAUUCACAACAAAUACAAACCUAUAACUUAAUUUUUUAACAAACAAUGUGCUUAUACUUUUUCUUUGUGUUGUUUUCUGUUAUCUAAAGUGAAUACAGUGUGUACUGCUGCACCUUAACACCUAUACAAUAAAGGAAUAAAAAGAAAAAGGAUUU